CAUAAAUUUAUAAUCUGUAUAUAAACAAAACCCCAACUAGUAUUCUACUUCUCUUCCUUCAUCCUUCUUCCUUAAUGCCUGGAGGAACCAAAUGCUUUUCCAGCUUCCAUGCUCCCAAUGUCACCCUUUUCAGGAAGCUUGGGGCGGAGUUUGUAGGGACCUUCAUCUUGGUGUUUUCAGCAGCGGCAGGACCUAUUGUGAAUGAGAAGUACCAUGGUGUAGAGACACUGCUAGGCAAUGCGGCAUGUUCAGGCCUAGCAGUGAUGGUCGUCAUUCUGUCCACGGGCCACAUCUCCGGAGCACACUUAAACCCAUCGGUCACCCUUGCCUUCGCAACGUUUCGACACUUCCCAUGGUCCCAAGUUCCCCUCUACAUAAUAGUGCAGGUUUCGGCAUCAAUUUCUGCAAGUUUUGCUCUCAAGGGUGUCUUCCAUCCCUUCAUGUCUGGUGGAGUUACGGUUCCUUCAGUGACCCAUGGCCAAGCUUUUGCACUCGAGUUCAUCGUCACUUUCAUUCUUAUGUUUACCAUAACUGCCGUUGCCACUGAUACCCGUGGGGUAGGGGAGAUGGCAGGUGUGGCAAUUGGUGCUACAGUAUUGCUCGACAUUCUUGUGGCAGGGCCAACUACUGGAGGUUCAAUGAAUCCUAUCCGGACUUUGGGUCCAGCUAUUGCUGCAGGAAAUUAUAAGGGAUUGUGGAUCUAUUUGGUUGCACCCACAUUUGGGGCCUUAGCUGGAGCUGCUGUCUACACAACUGUGAAGCUCCCAGACAAUAAACCUCCAAACCAGGAACGGGAGAUAACCCAACAACCUCCGAAGGGUAAUUUCGUCAUUUUAGCUUCUUGGACACAAGGUCGCAUCAGAUGAGCUUGUUGAUCCUAAACUCUGAACAGUUGAUGAGCCUCUAUUUAGUUUUGUAUGGUAUCUCAAAUAGUUAAAGCUUAUUAGAAAUUGCAAGGGCUUGUAGCUCAAAUAGUU